AUGGGGGAAGGAGCGGUACCUCGCUGUAGUGCAGAUCUGACUGUCGCGGCAUUUGAGGGGAAGCCUGUGCUAACGGGCCCGAAGGACAGGGGAUCAGUCGCUCUGCGUUAUUGGGAGAUGCGUUUGUCCUGUUCCUUCGCGCCUGAAAAAGGCCGUAGACGGUGGUGGUGGUGGUGGUGGUGGUUUCGCUGCAGUGUGUUGCCAAGUUGCCGAUGCCGCUAUUGCACAUCUCCUCCGGAGACAGAGGAAAAGUUCCUGACUGUACGCCAUGGUUUCCCCUAUCAACCUUCAGCCUUGGCAUUUGAUCCGGUUCAGAAAAUACUGGCCAUCGGGACUCAGACUGGAGCACUAAGGCUCUUUGGUCGGCCAGGAGUUGAAUGCUACUGCCAACAUGACAGUGGAGCUGCAGUAAUCCAGCUUCAGUUCCUGAUUAAUGAGGGAGCUCUUGUGAGUGCCUUGGCUGAUGAUACCUUACACCUGUGGAACUUGCGUCAGAAGAGACCUGCUAUACUUCAUUCACUCAAAUUUAACCGAGAACGGAUAACAUUUUGUCACCUGCCUUUCCAAAGUAAAUGGCUAUAUGUGGGCACCGAAAGAGGAAACAUUCACAUUGUCAAUGUGGAAUCAUUUACUCUCUCAGGCUAUGUCAUCAUGUGGAAUAAAGCCAUUGAACUGUCGUCCAAAUCUCACCCAGGACCUAUUGUCCACAUUAGUGACAAUCCAAUGGAUGAAGGAAAGCUUCUGAUUGGCUUUGAGUCUGGAACAGUGGUAUUAUGGGAUCUGAAGUCGAAGAAGGCAGAUUACAGAUACACACAUGAUGAGGCUAUCCACUCCGUAGCUUGGCAUCAUGAAGGAAAACAAUUUAUUUGUAGUCAUUCAGACGGUACCUUGACUAUAUGGAACGUAAAAUCUCCUACCAAACCAUUCCAGACAAUCACUCCACACGGAAAGCAGCUGAAGGAUGGAAAGAAGCCAGAACCCUGCAAACCUAUCCUUAAGGUGGAAUAUAAAACAACUAGAGCUGGGUAA